AUGGCACCAACAGAGAAGAAACCCUUCAACGUCCUCGUAACAGGCUUCGGCCCCUUUCGCUCCUAUGCACACAACCCUUCCUGGCUCGGAGUCUUCCCAUUGCACAACACGACCCACCCGACUCCGUCUCACACGAUCCACUUUAUCUGCUUCCGCGUGCCCACAUCGUAUGCCACCAUCCUCGCGCUUAUCCUGCCUCUGUACGCCCGCCCGCCCCAGUUGCCCGAGAGCCAGUACCCUCCCACUCCGGGGGGUACGAAGGCCCCUUACGAGCCUGGGGAUCCUGUUCCUCAAGCGCUGCCCCCGCCCCCGGAGGGAGGGUACGACCUGGUGAUCCACGUCGGUGCGGGGCAUGCAGGACAUCUGGCACUCGAGUCCCAAGCGCAUAAGACCGGGUACCGGAUUGAGGACUGGGAGGGCCAGCUUCCUCCCGUCGUCAGUGACUUUUUGCCUGAGAGCGCACCUACUGCCGCUGAGAGGGGGGAGAUGGCACGACUCGGUUUGGGGGGACUGUUUGCCCAGGAAGGGAAGGGGAAACGCGGCUUCGGAACGGGGUAUGAACAGUUUCCCGAGCUCUUACCGGCGGAGGGGGACGUCCCUAGUCUAGUCGAGUACCUCAAGUCCUGCGGGCUGGAACAUACGUUGCACUCCACAGACGCGGGACACUACUGCUGCGACUUCAUCUACUACUGUUCGCUGGCCGAGUCGCAGCGGCUCGGGGUGGGAAAAGGCAGCAAAGUCCAGUUUAUGCAUAUCCCUCCCCCUGGGGAGCCGUACGAGAGCGAGCAGGUGAGCGAGGCGAUCAGGAGGAUUGCGGAGUUUUAUGCUGGGGUGUGA